AUGACCGCAAAAGCCCCCACGCAAAGCUCCCCAGAAAGUAAUCCUGCCAAGCAAUUGGAAAAUGGCUCUGUCGUUCAGAAUGAUCCUACCAACGUUUCCUUUGUACAUCAUGACCCUGAUAACCACGUGACAACUUUCCAAUAUUUCCCUGAUAAGCCUACUUCUACUAUGACUCGAUUCAACUUUGCCGAUAAGGAAUCUUCUAAGUUCUAUGAUCCAUGUCAUGAAUCUGCCCAGAUGAGUGUCCGUUGUAUGACAGACCAUCCAGACGAUCACAAGACUGUUUGUGCUGAGUUUUUUGCCGCCUAUCGCGAUUGUAAAAAGGCCUGGAUUGACGCCAAAAAAAGGGGGGAGUAUUAG